AUGGCAUCCUCCUCGUCCAACGUCGUCGGUGUUCACUACCGAGUAGGGAAGAAGAUCGGUGAAGGAUCGUUUGGUGUGAUCUUCGAGGGUACGAAUUUGUUGAACAAUCACCAGGUGGCGAUCAAAUUCGAACCUCGCAAGAGUGAUGCACCACAGCUUCGUGAUGAAUAUCGGACAUAUAAGAUCCUGGUCGGAUGCCCUGGCAUCCCCAAUGUCUACUACUUCGGGCAAGAGGGUCUUCACAACAUCCUGGUUAUCGACCUGCUCGGUCCCAGCUUGGAAGACCUCUUCGAUCAUUGCAACCGACGCUUCUCGAUCAAGACUGUUGUCAUGGUCGCUAAGCAGAUGCUUUCGCGAGUUCAAACGAUCCACGAGAAGAACCUAAUCUACCGUGAUAUCAAGCCCGAUAACUUCCUCAUUGGUCGUCCGAACACCAAGGCUGCUAAUGUGAUCCACGUGGUUGAUUUCGGUAUGGCCAAGCAGUAUAGAGAUCCCAAGACGAAGCAGCAUAUUCCCUAUCGCGAACGGAAGUCGCUGUCCGGCACAGCCCGUUACAUGAGCAUUAACACCCACUUGGGACGUGAACAAUCGCGACGUGAUGACCUCGAAGCUUUGGGCCACGUCUUCCUGUACUUCCUCAGAGGUGGCCUCCCCUGGCAGGGUCUCAAGGCCGCCACCAACAAGCAGAAGUAUGAGAAGAUUGGCGAGAAGAAGCAGACCACCGCAAUCAAGGAUCUUUGCGAUGGAUUCCCAGAAGAAUUCACAAAGUACCUAACUUAUGUGCGCAACCUCGGCUUCGAGGAUACCCCCGACUAUGAUUACCUCCGGGACCUCUUGACACAGGCUCUCAAGAAUGCCGGAGAAGUCGAAGAUGGCGAAUAUGACUGGAUGAAGCUCAACAAUGGAAGAGGAUGGGAGUACAAGUCCUACUCGUCUCAACAGCACCUCCACAACAACGCCCUUCCCAACACCUCUGCUCGCGAGCUACACGCACAGCAGCUUCGCGGCAGUCGGCCUGGAGUGACUGCAGACCGUUUAAACGCCGCUCAGCCCCCGCCCCCGUCCCCGGCCAAGCCCGGAGCUGGCAAGACACGCGACCGGCCAAGCGUCUCAGGCGGGAUGCCGCCGAAGCGUCAGAGCGGGGGCCUGGAUGCCACGCCGACAGCAUCGACUCAAGCACAGUUUCAGAACUCCAAUGCCAACAUUCCGGGACGCCUGGACAGCCCUGCGAACCCGACGAAGAACAGCCAACAAGGCCAGGGCGCUCAAGGAAACAAUGAGCCGCAGCCCACGUUCGUCCAGAAGCUGAUGAAGGCGCUUUGCUGCGGUAGCGUGGAAUUCUACCGAAUUCUCUAUGAAUCACCUGGUCAUGUUGGCUUCUCGACUUUCUUUCGUUAUUUCUUGUCUUCAACAUACUUGGGAGGUUUGAAAGGCAGCAUGCGAUUAUACUGUGUUAUAGCCCGGGAACUCCCCAUCCCGUUGUACGUGUUCUUGCCGACGCAGCUGCUGUUGCUGCUGCUAGUGCAGGUGAACAUGAUGUUGGCUUUGGGGAGCGUGGAUAUAUUGUUCUUUUCCUUAUUUGUGUCAUCCAUGGGUCUCGGAUCAAGAGCACCUGGCUCCAACCCGCCUGCUCUCGCUCUUUCUCUCUCUCUCUCUAAUCUGCCAAGGCAACAUCAGCUCGAAAUGCGUCGGCCUUCGAUAUAG